AUGCAAUUCACGUAUCAAUUGAUCCAAAACCACACCAAAACACUAACGCCUCAACCCUUCGCCACCACUUCCGCCGCCAAAGACACGAAAGCCAUGCAAUUGGACGACACGUCCAAUGAGGACACCAGUGAUCAGACAUCGGAUGACGAGGACAUCGGUUGUGAUAAACAAAACAAUACUCGGAAUGAGUUGAACGCCAAACAGACGAGACAUUCGGCGAACGCAUCGGUAUAUCAGCUGAAGAAUGGCAUCAAAGAGACGGACGGAUCGGACAAAUCGGGUGCCAAUCGACUGAAGUUCAUGUGCUCUUGGAUUGGAUGCGAUCUCCGGUUUCGCGACAAUUACGCCCUUAAGGCACACAUACGGCUCCGACACACGAAUGAGCGGCCAUUCGCGUGCACCGAUUGUCACAAGAGUUUUGCCGACAAAAAACACCUCAAAGAGCACCAGAAGAUCCACAGCACCGGCGGUCAGAUGUUUCGCUGCGAGUUCACGGACUGUCACUACGAGACCAGACGGGAGGCCAACCUCAAGGAACACGUGUUGCGCCACAAGAAUAUCCGGAACUACAAGUGCGACGAAAGCGGUUGCGACAAGAGUUUUGUCACCAAUUAUGAGCUCAAAGUGCAUAAGAGUCACGUCCACAGCGAGGACCGGCCGUUCACAUGCGAUUGGCCCGGAUGUGAGGCCACCUAUAAGAGCAAACAGCGCUUGGAUGACCACAAACUGUCCCAUUUGGGGGUCCGGCAGUUCGCGUGCGACUUCCACGGCUGCGCCAAGAACUUCAUCACCAAAAAGAAGUUGACUCAACACCGCAACGAACACAUUAAGCCCUACGCCUGCAGUUGGCCCGAGUGUGGGGAGGCCUUCGGCAACAACCGGGCCCUCAAGGCCCACAUGAACGCCCACGAGGGCGUCCGGCCCUAUAAGUGCCAGUUCCCCGCCUGCGUCAAAGCCUUCUAUAGUAAACCGCAACUCAAUUCGCACCUCAAGUCCGCCCACAAGAACGUGGAAGCGCUGGACCCGCUGCUCGACGCCAUUGCCGCCAAAUCUCAUGCGCUGUCAAACGCGGACCCGAUGUCCGCGAACCCGACGAAUCUGUGGACCAAUACUGCGAUGAUUGCCAACCAAACCACUCACUCCAACAAAGACCAAACAUCACUACUCACUACUCAACACAUGCCCGACAGUUAUCAGCAAAAGUUAUUGUCUGAAAAGUUUAAUAUAUUAUGUUAUGCCGAUAGCUUUAUAAUCUAA